AUUAACAAAGAAGACAGUCUCGCGCCGUAAUUUUCGAAACGAAUUCGAAACUUGUAAAGAUGUUUAGUCCCAGAACUCCGUCUACUCGGACUAGAUCGUCGCCAUACACACCCUCAGGAAUAAACCCACGAACCCAGAACAAGAGAGUGUCAAAUCUCUUCACCCCUAAAGGAAGACAGUCCUAUACAACAAAAGCACAUACCAACAGAUCACUACAAACGUCGCAGCUGAUAGAAGAGACCGAGGGAUACAGGAUAGAUGGAUUAGGAACCCCCCUCCCAGUCCUCAUCACCGAGGCCCUGGCCCUGGCUGACAAACACACAGAAAUAACGGUGAAGAUUGACCCUUCUGGAUGGGCAUGGCUGGUGGGUGGGAGAAAGCUGUUCGUCUGGCGCUACAAGGGUGGACAAAGUGUUCGGACCGUCUUCUGUAAAGAGUUGACCUUGCCCCCAAGUGACCUUGCUCACAAUGCUGACCGAGUAUGUGUCAUCCCGAAUGUGACCGACAAACAGUCUGCAUCGUGUAUUGCUGUGUCACCAGAGGGCGUCGUCAGAUACUGGCCAAAUAUUGCAUAUGAAGGUUCCUCAACAGAAAUUAGUGCUGAAUUACGUGGCGAUGAGUGUGCAUGUGUUGUUAAUUUUGAGCCCUUUGGAUGUCUCCUGGCAACUACCACCAGCUCCCUUGUUCUCCUGUCACCUGUGUUAGGACAGAACACGCUGACCUGUCACCCAUUGAAGGGUUCUCAAGGAAUGUUCUCAGGAAUUGGACGGAGGAUGUCUUCCUUCAUCUUCGGUGCCUCAACCCUUCAGCCAUCAGGGGCGCCGUUGCAGGCCAUUGUGUGCGGGACGUGUGAGGAUGAGGACGAGAGGCCGUUCUAUGUUCUAUCGGGGACACAGUUCCAGAAGUGGAAUUUAUCUCAGGCUGUCACAGAGAAGCUUUUCUAUCAGAUUGAUGUGGAGAGAAUGUUUAGAGAAUUCCUGUCCAAGAAGGUUUGGAACCAGGAUUCGCGCCAGUUAACACAGCUAAAAACCUGGCUUUUGGACAUGCGGACAACCCAACAAGGAGUUGUCUUUCUUGGGGCAGGAGUCAACAUGGAUGUUGAUCUGACUGUGCACUUUGGAUUGGCCUUCCUCGACACGGACAUAAACGGAACACCCAGCGAAUUGGAGAGUUUGAUGAUUCUGGAUCAUCAGGACACAUACUCGGAUGAUUUUGAGUACAGCCUUCAGAAGUACAAGCUGCUACUGGCUGACCCAAUGACGACCACGGCGUAUGUCUACAAUAGAGACCACGUCCUAUUUAUACCAGGUCCCUCCACAGAAGUCAUUAACCUACAACAGCCUGGGGGUCACAUUCUGGGGGCAGGUUCCUGUGAUGGGACGGGUGUGUUCUUCUCUGGCAGUAUGGGGCUGUUCUCCAUCAGCAGUCCUCAGAAACAGGAAGUGAGUAUAAUGGAGGAGCCCUCUCAGGACAUGACCACAGCAGACAUGUCUGUACUGACCGCCAGCCAUGCCAAAAUGCAGGAAUUGUCGAUGAGUGAAGACAGAACAGCUCGUCUCAAGUCAGCAUUUAUUGCUACCAUGAGGGGCAAUAUUGCUGCUGCUCAGUCCACCAUUGAUGAGUUAUUUCCCCCUGAUGAAGUGUCGACAGACUUAGAUCAGACUGUGGUCGCCCUUGACAAAGAUCUUGUGAAUGAUUUUCCAGCUGCAGAUCCACGUUGGGCAGAGUCCAGACAAGAUGCCACCAGCAGCACCACAUCUCUGAUCAUCAUCAACCAGCUCAACGACAAACUCCGUGCUCAUGAAUACGUCAUCAACUUCCUGAAAAAGAUGAACCUAUGGAAACAGCUAAACCAGGUCAAUGUACGAGACACCAGAAUGCUUACUAGACACGUGAUGUGUGAACACGCGGAGAAGCUUCAGGCUGCCAUCGCGCUGCGUCAGCUACAUGUAGAGUUUACUGGUAUAGUGGAUGCUGCCAUUAAGAAAGUGUUAGAAAUGAGACGGGACGUCAACAUCUCCCUCAAUCUGACCCCACAAGAUGUCUUCUACAGAGAGGUGUCACGGAUACAGGAAGUGGUGGAGUGUUUGUUGGAACAUCAGGAAGAGGUCCUCCUGGCAGAUGUCACCGUCACAGAAAUUCUAACGGUCAUAACGUCCAUCAACACGCUACUAGAGGACAUUCUUCAUAAAGCUCUGCAGUAUCGGCAGACAAAGUCCUCGAUGUAUGACUGUGAGGCGCCCCCUGGGGAAGUUCCCGAGUAUGUACCAUGGACCUCCACGAGCGGGGAUCACGGCAUCAGAACAUUCCUUCUUAAACAGUUCAACAAGACAAUGGAGAUAGUGAUUCCCGAGGUCCGAGACCCCGAGAGUCAGGAGAAGAUAUACCAGCAGCUGGCGUCGAUCGCAGAUAUCAUCCUGGACGGUUACGUCAGCCAGUUAGAGUCCCUGAAAAAUAAUGUCUCCAAACAACAGCACUAUAACGAAUUACAGCGACGCUACGAACAGGACAGACAACAGCUGAUCCUGCCGAUGAUGAAGGGAAAGCAGUACGAGCUGGCAGCAUCUCUGGCAGAGAAGUACUAUGAUUUUGAGAUCCUAAUUCAGCUGUGUGAAUUGUCAGACAACAAAGAAAGAAUAGAGAAAUAUCUCCACCAGUUCUCACACAAGGGAUUUGCCAAUUACCUGUAUACUUGGUACAUGAAAGAAGGUAAGAGGGGACGUCUCUUGGCCUUGCCAGUCGGUCAACAGAGAGAGCUCGGACGAUUUCUACAGAAAGAGGACAUCAAGACACUCAGCUGGCUUCACAACAUCCAGACCAACAACUUCUCGAAGGCACACAGUACCCUUUUGGAGCUGGCUAGAAUUGAGCAGGACUCUUUAGCAAAGAAAAAGACACUUUUGAGUCUGAGUAAAUUGUCUGGUCUGGCAGCUGACCCGGAUAAUGGAGAAAUUGACAGCAACAUUCUAGAUAUCAAUGAAGAACAGGAGUUGAUUGCUCACCAACAGCAGUUACCUGCCCUUGUCAUAGAGAAUCUUGGCAUGGAGCCAAACAACAUGACUGUCCUCUCCCCUGUUCAGCUAAUAGAGUUGUACAUUUCUGGAACAAACAUUGACGCCACAGAAUACGAUUUCAAGAAAGCGCUAGAUCUUCUUCAGUACAUAGACAAGACUGACCCAGCUCUGGACUUUGAGAGUUUGAGGAUGCACAUCUGGGCCCAGUCAAUUCUCAGGGACAGCUGGCAACAAGACGAGUCUGUGGAUGUGAUGGAGACUGUCAUGAACACGGUCUUCUUUAAAACGGUGGACUUGGCUUAUAAAGAGGGAGUGGAUGUGAGGACCUUCAUGCCUGGAUUAAGGAACAUUUUACUUUGUGAUGAACUUGGAGAUCUGAAGGAGGAUUCAAACUUCCAGUAUUUAAUACAAGCAGGAUAUGAACAUAUUGGUCAAGUGCUUUGAAUUCUGGGAUACAAACAUAUUGGAUGGUGCUGUGAAUUCUGGGAUGUGAACGUUAUGAAUUCUGGGAUAUGAACAUGUUGAACGAGUUUGAAUUCUUGGAUGCAAACUUAUAGGACUUAUAAGUGUUUUGAAUUGUAUGUGUGGAGAUCAUAAAUCAAGACUGCCUAUCUUGUAAAAUGAAUGACAAUGAACAUGUGUAUUGUAAACUUCUAAAUAAUGUUAAGUCAAGUGAUGUUGAAAUGAUAAACAAUCUGUGGAGAAAUAUUUGUGAAAACAUUUAAUAGUUACACAUGUGUUGUUGUGCACUGUGAUGUUGGCAUUUCGCUGUGGGAUGAUGUGAACAUAAGUAAACUUUUAUUUAGCCAACAAA